AACACAAUCGUGGCCACGCCUCUUGUUUAAGAACCGAGCGGAGGUUGUUUUCUCUCGAGGAUAAUUUUCCUAUUGCGGUGAUUGUUCAAAUACUUAUAGCUGUUUUAAAUUAUUUUAUUUACAAAAGUAUAUGCAUGCUCCUGUUAGUCUUUUCGGCUUUCAAAGGUUUAAGUUUAUACCCACGAAUUGACUGCAACUUUAACGUGCCUGUUCAAGUCUGUGUUACCAGGGCAGGGGGUCUUUCAGCCCCCUCGAGCAUGAGUUCAAAAUGAAACGGCGCUUGGAGGAACAGGAACCGGUAUUUGCGUCCCAACAGCGGCGCCUCACCUGCAGCACGGAGGCUUUCCAGCACCGUGUCCUGGCCCCUGCGCCUGCCGCAUACGAGGCCGUGGGCGAUAGCAUGCAGCCUACCGCAGGCAACAUUCAGUAUUCUGUCCCACAGGGCUACCAGGUCCCCAUGGUGCCACAGAACUCGAGUGGUCAUGUGCACACCCCUAGCCCAACUGUACACCACCACAGCCCAGCGGUCCAGCCCCACGGGCCCCCUGUGAUGCAGUGCCACGCUCACCCCCCUGCCUCAGCCCAGGGCCAGCAGCAAUUCCAGAGGCUCAAGGUGGAAGAUGCUUUGUCUUACCUGGAUCAAGUGAAACUCCAGUUUGGCAACCAACCUCAAGUCUACAAUGACUUCCUGGACAUCAUGAAGGAGUUCAAGUCUCAAAGCAUUGACACUCCAGGGGUGAUAAGCAGGGUAUCCCAGCUCUUCAAAGGCCACCCCGACCUCAUUAUGGGAUUCAACACCUUCCUGCCCCCGGGCUACAAGAUCGAGGUUGCGACCAACGACCUGGUCAAUGUAACCACGCCGGGUCAGAUCCACCACAUCACCCCUCACGGCAUUUCUGUCUCACAAAUCCCCCUGUCGGGACCACCCACCCCGCACCAGCCCCAGGUGCCAGCCCCCACCACCUCUGCACCACCCCCUCCCACACAGCCAACCCCUACCAAGAUGAGCAAGCAGCCACUGCAAUCUCCAGUCCUCACGCCAAGCAGCCAGCCCAAUCCGUCCAUCCCCGCCUAUGCCUCCCCCCAAUCCCCAACCCUGCAGCCCCACACACCGAUCAGUGGCACGCCCAAUGCCCCUCCGCUGCAGAACAACCAGCCUGUGGAGUUCAAUCAUGCCAUCAACUACGUCAACAAGAUCAAGAACCGUUUCCAGGGUCAGCCGGACAUCUACAAAGCCUUCCUGGAGAUCCUGCACACCUACCAGAAGGAGCAGCGGAAUGCUAAGGAGGCAGGAGGGAACUACACCCCAGCCCUGACAGAGCAGGAGGUCUAUGCCCAGGUGGCCCAGCUCUUCAAGAACCAGGAGGACCUUCUCUCUGAGUUUGGCCAGUUCUUACCAGAUGCCAACAGCUCGGUGCUAUUAAGCAAGACGACAGCAGAAAAGGCGGAGUCUGUGCGGAAUGACCACGGUGGCACAGCGAAGAAGCUGCAGCUCAACAACAAACAGAGGCCCAAUCAGAACGGUUGCCAGAUCCGCAUGCUCUCUGGGACGGUUGCCACACCCCCUGUCAAGAAGAAGCCCAAGUUACUGAAUUUGAAAGACUCGUCCCUGGUAGAAGCCAGCAAACAUGGAGAUGGCACAGAAUCUCUGUUCUUUGAGAAGGUGCGGAAGGCCUUGCGGAGUGCAGAGGCCUAUGACAACUUCCUGCGUUGUUUGGUUAUCUUCAACCAAGAGGUCAUCUCCAGGGCUGAGCUGGUGCAACUGGUGCUGCCUUUCCUGGGGAGAUUCCCCGAACUGUUCAAUUGGUUCAAGAACUUCCUAGGAUACCGGGAAAUUUCCCACACUGAGCGCUAUCCCAAGGAGCGUGCCUUGGAGGGCAUUGCCAUGGAGAUCGACUAUGCUUCCUGCAAGAGACUGGGCUCGAGUUACAGAGCACUGCCGAAGAGCUACACGCAGCCCAAGUGCACCGGGAGAACGCCACUGUGCAAAGAGGUCCUCAAUGACACCUGGGUGUCCUUCCCUUCCUGGUCUGAAGACUCCACCUUUGUGAGCUCCAAAAAGACCCAGUAUGAGGAGCACAUCUACAGAUGUGAGGAUGAACGCUUCGAGCUGGACGUGGUGCUGGAGACCAACCUGGCCACCGUCCGCAUGCUGGAGACCGUACAAAGAAAACUGUCGCGUAUGUCUGCCGAGGAGCAGGCUAAGUUCCGCCUGGACAACACGCUGGGAGGCUCCUCGGAAGUCAUCCAUCGCAAGGCCAUCCAGAGGAUAUACGGUGAAAAGGCCCCUGACAUCAUCGAUGGGCUCAAGAAGAACCCUGCCAUUUCUGUUCCCAUUGUGCUGAAGAGGUUAAAGACCAAGGAGGAGGAGUGGCGGGAAGCCCAGAGGGGCUUCAACAAGAUCUGGAGGGAGCAGAAUGAGAAGUACUACUUGAAGUCUCUCGAUCACCAAGGUAUCAACUUCAAACAGAACGACACCAAGGUGCUACGAUCCAAGACACUGCUCAAUGAGAUUGAGAGCAUCUACGACGAGCGACAGGAACAGGCGUCGGAGGAGAACACCGCGAUGCCCAGCGGCCCCCACCUGACUUUGACCUACAAGGACAGCCAGAUCCUGGAGGAUGCUGCCGCCCUCAUCAUCCACCACGUCAAGCGGCAGACGGGCAUCCAGAAGGAGGAUAAGUACAAGAUCAAACAAAUCAUUCACCACUUGAUCCCAGACAUGCUGUUCGCCCAGCGCGGCGAGCUCUCGGACCUGGAGGAAGAAGAGGAAGAGGAGCUGGAUGAGGCCGUGGCUAAGAAGCACAAUGGCGUCACGCAAGGCGGAAGCCCCAACAAGUCCUCCAAGCUCCUCUUCUGCAACACGGGUGCUCAGAAGCUGAGAAGUUGCACCGAGGCCUACAAUCUAUUUUACGUCAACAAUAACUGGUACAUCUUCCUGCGGCUGCACCAGACACUGUGCUCGCGGCUGAUGCGGAUCUACGGGCAGGCGGAGAGACAAAUUGAGGAGGACAUCCGGGAGCGUGACUGGGAGAGAGAGGUGCUGGGCCUCAAGCGAGACAAGAAUGACAACCCUGCCAUCCAGCUGAGACUGAAAGAGCCCAUGGAUAUAGAGGUGGAGGACUACUACUCUGCCUUCCUGGAGAUGGUGCGGAACCUUCUGGAUGGCAACAUGGAGCCGGCUCAGUACGAGGACUCCCUCCGGGAGAUGUUCACCAUCCAUGCCUACACCGCCUUCACCAUGGACAAACUCAUCCAGAGCAUUGUCAGGCAGCUCCAGCACAUAGUGAGUGACGAGAUCUGCGUGCAGGUGACAGACCUGUACUUAGCAGAGGGCACCAACGGGGCCACCGGAGGUCCCCUUCCCACCCAGACAUCCAGAGCUUCCGUAGAGGGAUGCUACCAGCGCAAGGCGGAACAGAUCAUGUCCGAUGAGAAUUGCUUCAAGCUUAUGUUUCUAAAGAACAGAGGCCAUGUUCAACUGACAGUGGAGCUUCUGGACACCGAGGAGGAGAACUCCGAUGAACCCAUGGAGGCAGAGCGCUGGUCAGAUUACGUGGGUCGCUACCUGAAUUCUGACUCUACCUCUCCAGAGUUGCGGGAACACCUUGCUCAGAAACCUGUCUUCCUUCCCAGGAACCUCCGUCGGAUACGGAAGUACCAAAGGGGUAGGGAGCAGCUAGAGAAGGAGGCCAGCGAGGGAGAGAAAAAGUCCACAGAGAAUGCUGAGAACCUUAAAAUGGAAUGUAUGUUCAAGCUCAACUCCUACAAGAUGGUUUAUGUCUUCAAGUCUGAGGACUACAUGUACCGACGCACUGCUUUGCUGCGAGCUCACCAGUCACACGAGAGAGUGAGCACUCGGUUGCACAAGCGCUUCCAGGCCUGGGUCGACUCCUGGGUGAAGGAGCAUGUCACUCGCGACAUGGCCGCUGAGACCAACAAGUGGCUGAUGGGAGAGGGGCGUGACGGCCUGGUGCCGUGCACCACCACCCGCGAGCUGGAGAUCCUCCACUUCAUGAACAUCAACAAGUACCGUGUCAAAUACGGCUCACCCUUCAAAGCACCAUAACCCACCAGGAUUGGAAGGGGGGUUUGGGAUUAUAUACUAGGAUGGGUCAGGAAUGGGUGAGGAGGAGAGGGCAUAUCAACAACUUUCUAAGGCUGAUAUGGGAGCACAACACACAACUAGGUCUUACCGGGGGCGACUGGAUCACUGUUUUUAACCAGCGGUUUUAGCUGUCCACACUUUUGCAGGGCCUUCGGUGCCAAGAUGUAGGGAGUUGUUCUGUUGGUUGAAAUCUAGCCACAGUCACUGACCUGAGCUCUUACCAGCAGACCAAACCACAUCACAAAUCAUGGUCUUCGAGGGCUUUAAAAAAAGGCCUUUGGGACUUGCCCUGUGUGCUCCCUAGAGGUGCCUGCUAGGUUACAGCCUCACUUGCGCUCAGUCAGUAGGCUGGGGUUUGGUUGUUUGUUAUUGACAGACAUAGUAAUAUAUGAAGCCAUCAGAAUAAGGAUUCUGUUGACGGUGCAACUGCGGUAUCCGUGGAAAAUAGUUUUGGGGGAUAAGUGCACUUAACUAUGAAUUGGAUGGGGUUGAGUUUGCGUUGCCACGGUUUCAAGGGUGCAUGGAGCUCAAAGCGGACUUUAGUUGAAACGAUCUGGCACAGCCACGUCCCUGUGCUGGGAACAAAUCACAAUAACACAUCACUUCAAAACGAGAACAUGAUGUUUCUUAUUGUUCACCUUUCCUUUUCAAACACACGGGUGCAUUAAGAGAACGAGGCCCGAGUCCCAAGCAGCGUUGUGGGGUGAAAAGCACUGUUGUGUUUCAUGUAAAAAGACAAGUAGAUUAGCCACACAACUCUGCUGUGUCUGACUGUAAAAUUGUAUAGCUUGUGAAUGUCAGAUUAUGAAAUGUAUUGUGUGUGUGUGUAUAUAUUUAUUAUAAGUAUAUAAACACAACUAAUCCUGGCCAACCCUGAUAUUCAACCUUUUGAAGUUGCUGGCAAUGCCCUACUACGCCAAUACACCAGCUUGUACACAUGAACCGAGAUCAUUAUGGAUGGACUAUCCACACACUGUAAAUAAACUGUACAUAGUGUCAGACCUUUUUUAUGACUAAGAACUGCGUUGUUGUGCUAGUAAUACUUUCUAAGCUUACUGUGGACUUUAGUGAGAGGCUGAAGUUAGUACGUAUAUGAAAAAUAAAAAUGCAAGACAGUUUUUACCAAAGGGAGUUGAUUAUGAUAGUAGUUUUUUGUUUUUCCUUACUGUGUUUUUUGUUGUUGUUUGUAGUUAGAAAUGUUCAUUUGAAAAGUAGAAAUGUAUCCAGGUCUUUGUUUUUGAAAUGGAAGUUUUAUAAAAUCUUAAAUUUUUUUGAAGUUUGAUUUUGGCUUUCAUUUCAGUCUAUCACUGCCCAUGUGGAUAUGCUGAACAAACUCUCAAUGGAGUGGAGCUGGGCUAUUAGCGGAUGGCCUGUAUCCACAAAGCAUCUCAGAAAAGGUCCUAGGAAUCCUGUUUUAAAACCUGUUUUAAGCCAAUCUCUAUCAAAUCGUUUCUGGAUAAUAAUUAAGUACCUUAUUGUGAUUGUUUUCAAUUAAAAUGGUCAAAAAUAAUAAAAUAGCUUCUUAGCAAAGA